CAGGUCCUCAGCCAAGCGCCGCGUGCCAGACUUCCCACGCCGCCUCCCCGACCAGGGUCAGCAGCACCACCAGCCCCGCUAGCGCCGCCCAGCUCUCUCUCGGCGGCUGGACGCGGCGGGCUCGGCUGCGCCUUAACUUUACCCCGGCGCGGGGCGGGCUUUGGCUACUUUGGCGGGAGAGGCGGAGUGGGGGGUACGGAGCCGCCCGGCGGCAGGUGCGGGUCUCUUCUGGCGGGGGCGGGGCCGCUUCGCCGGGCUCCUCGGAGCGGGCUCGCGAGCGCCUUUGUGUUGUGAGGGGAGAAAGGAAGAAGCCAGAGCCGGGAGACUACAGCGGAGCAGCAGCCACUGAGCAGCGGGCGCCGAGCUUUAAAUGAGCAUUCACACCGCGCCGGGAGAGCAGCGCGGGCUGGCUCGGACGGAGCGCGUGUGGAGGCAGCGAGCGCGUCCCCUCGGCUCCAGCAGAGCUUACAAUGCAUGGUAGCUGUUGAUCUGAUCCUUCCAUAUUGAAACAGUAUCAGCAAAUGUGGGAUUAUUCUGGAAUGGAAAGAGAAAGGAAGGAGACUCAAAAGACAGAAAACUCAAGAUGGCAUAAAAUUGGUACAAGCACCAUUUGCAGAAAGGAGGAUUGGUGUUCACAUCCAAUAAGAUCAAGAUCAAUACGGACACCUAUUACAAGAUACCUGUUUGGAUUUUAACACACUCAAGCAUCACCUCCACUGAUAUUUUAACAACCCCAUCAAGCUUUGGUUGGGUAGUCAACAGCCGCAAAGCUGCUGUCCACGUGGACUGGUGCUGACAUUUCUCGUCCAGCUGCGAGAGCCUCUCCAUCUAAACCUAGAGACAUGGCAACAAAUGGAACAAAAGUAGCUGACGGACAAAUCUCCACAGAACUCAGUGAUGCCUCGAUCACCAAUGACAAGCCUAAGACACUGGUGGUCAAGGUGCAGAAGAAAAAAGGAGAUAUUCCAGACAGAGACACCUGGAAGGGGAAAUUUGACUUUCUUAUGUCCUGUGUUGGCUAUGCGAUUGGCUUAGGAAAUGUUUGGCGGUUUCCAUACCUUUGUGGAAAAAAUGGAGGAGGAGCAUUCCUGAUUCCAUAUUUCCUUACUUUAAUUUUUGCUGGAGUUCCCCUGUUUCUUUUGGAAUGUUCGCUUGGGCAAUACACAUCCAUAGGAGGUCUUGGAGUUUGGAAGCUUGCUCCAAUGUUCAAAGGUGUGGGAUUAGCUGCUGCUGUCCUGUCCUUCUGGCUUAAUAUUUACUACAUUGUGAUUAUUUCCUGGGCCAUAUAUUACUUAUACAACUCUUUCACCACAAAUCUUCCAUGGAGACACUGUAACAACCCCUGGAACACAGACCACUGUUUCUCAAAUUAUAGUAUAGCAAAUACCACCAACAUGACAAGUGCUGUUUUGGAAUUCUGGGAACGUAACAUGCACCAAAUGACAGAUGGAUUGGAAAAACCAGGCCAGAUCCGUUGGCCAUUAGCAAUUACUCUAGCAAUUGCCUGGAUUUUAGUGUAUUUCUGCAUCUGGAAGGGGGUAGGCUGGACAGGAAAGGUAGUGUACUUCUCUGCCACAUAUCCAUACAUCAUGUUGAUUAUCUUGUUCUUCCGUGGAGUAACAUUACCUGGAGCAAGAGAAGGCAUUUUAUUCUAUGUCACUCCUAAGUUUGAGAAGCUCUCCGACUCUGAGGUAUGGCUGGAUGCUGCCACACAGAUCUUUUUCUCCUAUGGUCUGGGUCUUGGCUCAUUGAUUGCUCUUGGAAGUUACAACCCUUUCAACAACAAUGUUUACAGGGAUUCCAUCAUAGUGUGCUGCAUAAAUUCUUGCACAAGCAUGUUUGCUGGUUUUGUUAUCUUCUCCAUUGUUGGAUUCAUGGCUCAUGUCACCAAACGUCCUAUUGAAGAAGUUGCAAAAUCAGGUCCUGGGCUUGCAUUUUUAGCCUAUCCAGAAGCAGUAACACAACUUCCUGUCUCACCUUUGUGGGCAAUACUGUUCUUCUCCAUGUUGCUUAUGCUUGGAAUUGACAGUCAGUUCUGUACUGUUGAAGGAUUCAUAACAGCACUAGUGGAUGAAUUUCCAAGACUGUUACGCAGUCGGAGAGAAAUCUUUAUUGCUUGUGUGUGUGUCGUUUCCUAUCUGAUAGGACUGUCGAAUAUUACUCAGGGUGGACUAUAUGUGUUCAAGCUUUUUGACUAUUAUUCUGCAAGUGGAAUGAGUCUCUUGUUUCUUGUGUUCUUUGAGUGUAUCUCCAUAUCCUGGUGCUACGGUGUAAACAGAUUUUACGACAAUAUCCAGGAGAUGGUUGGCUAUAGGCCCUGCAUCUGGUGGAAGCUCUGCUGGUCUUUCUUUACUCCAAUCAUUGUGGCAGGUGUGUUUAUCUUCAGUGCUGUGCAAAUGACUCCUCUCACUUUGGGCGAUUACGUAUUCCCGGCAUGGGGCCAAGGUGUUGGCUGGUUUAUGGCUCUAUCAUCCAUGGUGCUGAUUCCAGGCUACAUGGCAUACAUGUUCCUUACAUUAAAAGGCUCCUUGAAACAGAGAAUCCAGGUAAUGAUUCAGCCAAGUGAAGACAUUAGUCAUCCUGAAAACGGACCUGAACAAGCCCAGCAGAGCAACUCUGCAAACAAAGAAGCAUAUAUAUAGUCUGGGUCAUUGAAAUGAUACAUAGCUUCCUUUAGGGGGGCAAAAAAAAAAAGAAAAGAAAAACCAUACACAAAUGAAAUGUGUGUUGAAUAUGACCACAAAUUUAUGUCUGAGAAUAAAAUUACCUACCUCUAGUGGCACAAAAGACCAUCACCACUAUAAGGGAAGCAAUGUGGAUAUGAUCAAACCAUUUUGUGGGCUUAGUUGUUGACAAUGUUUUGUGUUUCCUGGCAAUCCAUAGACUGUUAACAUUUUUAUUCUCUUUCAGUAAGAGCUGGAUAUCUUUGGGAAUUUAUAAAGACAUGUAGGCCAUUUUUAAUCUACCUUUUAACACAACAAUUUGAAGUUUUGUGCAGCUGAUUUUUAUUAAUAUAUUUCAUACUGUUUGAAUCCCAAGACUGUUAUUUCUGAGAACAGUUAAAACAGAAAGCUGUUUUGUAUUCACCAGCAAAGUAUUUUUUACCAA